UGGACAAGACUCUGACUGACAGUUUUAAUCAAUGUCAAGAGAACAUAGAAAAGUUUUGAAUUUUGUAAAGAAAUAGCUGUUUGGCGGCUAUUUUCAUUUUUGAAUAAAAGGAAAUAAAAAUAAAUAUAAUAACCAUUAGCAGACAUGGAGACAAAAGAUGUGUUUUUAAAGAUAAAGGAACUGGGUCACAUAAAUAGCAAACGUGAUGAGCUACGCGAAUACUGUAAAGUUAAAUUUAAUGAGUUAACGAAGAAUUUAAAUCAGCGAAUACUGAAAAAUGAUGCAGGGGCUCUUAUAGAUAGUAUUUUUAAUGGAUUAGUGGAUAAUUCUGGUACUAAAAGUAAAGUAAAGGUCAUUAAUAUAGUAUUACAAACAAUGAGAAAAGAGGCAACAUCACUCACUCACUGUGGAGAUGUCAUUAGCCGUCUUUGUUUGGAGCUGCCUCGGAUGCCCAUUGAAGAUCUGCUUUUAUGGAACAAUGACAGUGUUCAAUCUAUUGUAGAUGAUAGUGAUGUUAAUAUGAUUUGGCGGGAUGUGUUACCAGAAUGUCUCAAUGUGAUAGCAACCCAAAGCAGUGUUAAACAUUGUGGUACUGAUAUGUCAGGCAGUGAGUACAAAGAACAGUGUAUUCACUUACUGUGCAUGAGUAGAUGGCAAGAGAAGCAGUUGGUGCAACUGGCUGCUAUGUUUAAGGACAUGCACCUCUCGCGCACUGAUCACAGGAGAGUUGUGAACAAGAUGUGUACACACAUUGCUGACUUACCUCCAGAAGCAUUGCCGCCACUUGUGCAUCAAUUAUUAAAAUUAUGUAAAUUGUACAAUUUGGAGGUUGUGCUAGCCCAUUUGAGUCACUACUUUAAUAUACACCUGUACAGCAAGUUGGAGCCUCCACCACAAGAUUCCGAAUCAACAACUAUGGACAUUGAUGAUAUUGUACAACAUAGUCACGCCGAACUGAGCCGAUGUCUAUCAACAUGUUUGUACCACAUCUCGCAGGGUGCAGCGGACCCAGAGCUCAUACGUAGACAUUUAAAGCAAUGGCCCAAAACUCAACUGUUAAGAGCACCAUUUCUAAUUGAUCUAGCUCUUGCCGUGUCUGAUAAAGGGACGGAGUUUAGAUCUGUUUGUCUGGAUGUUAUCAAAUCAGCGAUAGAACAACGUACAUUGGAUGAAUUAAGAAGUAAGGAAUCAGCGUGGGUGCGGUCGGUUCUCCCGCCCGAUGUUAACGUGGCUAAUAUGCUUAAGGUGCUUACGACCGAAAGCGCCAACCAUCGGGAACUAACAGUACGUGGUCUAAUCAACCUCGCUUUCUCAUUGCUAUCGGUGUCUCGUGUGAAGGCGGUGGCGCCAGCGUGCUGGUCACAUGGGAAGUUAAUUCUCGUGAGACUGUGCAAAUCGCAGCCUAACACCGCUCAGCAUAUACUGGGACAGCUGGCUGAUAGGUUGUGUGGGGAUAUUAGUCAAAGACAGUAUUCAGACUGCCUAUACAUCCUGUGCAAGCUCACACCCGUGUCCAUAGAGGGUUGCCCCCAAUUGAGCACGAUACUAGAGAGCUGCCAACCGGGCGCGGACUACGCGCACGCGGGCGCCGUGUACGCGGCCGUGCGACCGCUCAUAUCCUUCAGUGCGAGGGUCCGCGACGCGCUGGUCAUGGUCUGCCGCAAGGGGCUGUACUCGAGAGACUCGCAGCACCGCUGCCUCUCGCUGCACGGGUUCCUCACAGUGCUGAAGCACAUGAAGCUGUCCAGCUCGCAGUGCCCCGGCGACAGCGGGUGCGGCUCGCAGUACAGCGCGCACUCCUACCUCACACAAGUCGCUGUGGACCUGCAUGCCACUCAGCAGGGAGCUAGGGUGACCUCUCGAGUACGCAAUGAGGCAAUUUGUCUGGAAGUUAUCUCAAUUUUACGGAGAUGCCUCGUGCAAGAUGCUAUUGUGAAGCAGUUAUUAUAUUUUGAAAUAUACGAAUGUGCGAAAGAAAAGCAUGUGCUACACGAGUCUAUACUAGAAUUGCUAUAUGAACACAUCAGUAAGUUUCUAGCUGAUGAAGAAGAAACCACGCCUCUGAUGUGGGAUAAGUGCGUUCAAAUUACACCUGUCACUGCUUUGUUGACUGAGCCAAUAGGAAGCCUGCUUUACGUGAUCUCACAAUUCGUGCAGCCAAUAGAAGAGGAAUCUGAUGAUAUUCUGUCCAGUCAGAGCGAUAGCAAUAGUGCACAUUUGCGAACCAAACUCAUGGCCGUUUUGGAUAGGUUGUGUGAGUGUGAGAACUUGCUGCAAAUUGAUAUGCAAGAUCUGGGAUUAUCUGACCUGACUCCCGAGUCGAAUGCUAGAAAGAUUAAAGUACAACAAACACUACAGUGUUACGAAACCUUAAUGGCACACAAAAUAAUGCAAUGGACUCCGCAUACGUCACACGCAGGCUUGGUUUAUAAUUUGUAUAAAAGUUAUAGCCAAUUAUUGGAUAAUACUAAGGCGACACCAAAAGGUGGAAAAAAGGGCAAAUUGAACGAGACCCGUGACACAAUUAAGUCUCAAAAGAGUCAGAAGUCUCAGAAAGAGAAAGGCAAAACCAAAUUGUCUAACAUGGUCAAGGAUAGGGCUGGGCCCUUUAAGCCUUUGCCCUGUGUAUGGGACUUGGGUUUCUGCUAUCGCGUGUUACAGCUACUUUACAGCGAGGAAGUUACCUGGUCAUCGCUAGAGCAACGCAACCAGAUACGCGGCAAGCGUGACUUCCACCAGUUUGUAUUGCGCAGCGUUGUUACCGCGCUACAGGAAACUAGAGACAAGAACAGAAUCGGUACGCAUGGGCUGAAGGUAGCCGCUUUGGUAUAUGAUCGUGCUGUUUGUAGGUUUCAAGACUUGUGCGACUUUGACGAUGCCGCCGCGCUCGGUUGUCUCGAAGUUUUCAAAACUUGUCUCAACUUGCUUUUGACGUCACAUCACUCAUUCAAAGUGGAGAGUGUUUUAUCGGGAAUAACCGGCGAAACCGAAGCGUCACCGUCAGCGAAUAUGUCGCGGAUAUUAGGGCACGUCCACACCGCGCUGUCGCAGCUCGACGCGGAGAGCGCAGUGGAGCGAGACCUUAUGCUGAGGAAACACACGGCGCUGUUGGUGCACACGGCCGGUGUGCUGUUGGAGACGCCUGUCACUGCGUGUGCUGCUUUGAAUACUGUCACGUCGAAACUUGAAGACUACGUUCGCACCAGCAAGCAGGAAUGUCUCCCGCUCAUCGGGCCACUACUGAGCGCGUGCUACCGGGAGCAAAGGGAAGCUGUCUUAUUGGAUCAGUUGUUCGAUAAGUUAUCUAUCGUGCUUGGCAAGAUCGAUGAAGAGGAAUCGUCAGCAGCAACGCAAGACACCGUCGACUUUCCGUCUAUCGACUCGCGCUCCGGCCACACCGUGCUCACAACCAUCUGUAUACAUUUGAACAAUCGCUACAAAUGUAUAGAGCAUUUGCUGAACCGGGGCAAAGAUCUCUCAACGGCACUGAAUAAUGCUACACAUUCAAAUCAACAGAGGAUUGAGAAAGAGCUGUGCGAGUUGUGGCGCUGGGUGACGGUGCAGCUGUGCCAGGCGAGCGGGUGGGCGGCGCGGCUGUGCGCGCUGCGCUGCUGCGUGGGCGGCGCCAGCGAGCGCGUGCUCGCCGCCGCCGCGCGCCUCUACGCGCUGCUCGCCGCGCUCUGCCGCCACCUGCCCGCGCACCUGCCGCUCGUGCCGCAGCUCAGGUUAGAUCGAUUAUUCAAAUUAAGCGGUAAAAAGCUGUCAUCUGUAACGGACAACCUUAUCACGUACCUCGAAGCGUCGCAAGACCAUCAGAAGGCGAGCAAAGUUCUGCGAGAGACAAAGCUCAUACCGCGGCUCGUGCUGGAAGCUGAGCAGUUUAGCAAACACGCUAUCUUGUUGGGAAAUAAAGCUAAGCUGGAUUUCCAGCAAUACCUCUCGCUGGGUACGGCUCGCGACUUCCGCAUCAGGGCGCCGGUGCUCAUGGAAGUUCUCAACGCGGAGCAGGAAAGGCCUGAUGGUGAAGAUAUAAAUGAUGCGGCAACUGAAAUAUUGUCAGCGAGCGAAAAUGAACAGGAUAGCGAUGAAAAUGAAAAUAAUUCUAGAAAUAAGCGAAGAAGAAUUUCAUGAACAUGUAUUUUAUAGUGUUAAUAAAUAUUGUUUAGUUAA